AUGUACUCCAUCCCAAAUCACACGUUGGGAUGCAAAUGCUCCCAGUGCAUGCACGCCAACCAUUCAGUCUCUGCAGACCCCUCUGGAUCUUCUGUAGUGCUACGUCCGCACACCAAGUCUACUGACGAAUCGAUCAACGAACCCGAGACUACCCACCGGACUACAGCAGAUCGAGAGCUCAUCAGAGCCCCGAGCAGCGUGCAUAUGCCUACGUUGCUCCACCAAGAGCUUGUUGCUCCCACGGAUAUCAUCGACGCGGCAAAGAAACCCUUUCGGCCUUCGAUGGGAAAAACUCAAAACAAUGCCGCCGACGGUUUCAAGCCCACAAUGCCACAGCUCGACUGGCUCAUCGAGGAGAUCACAUCCGAUGACGACUUCGAAAGCGUAGGUUGGAGCGACGCCAAGAGUGAGGCUGAUGGCAAGACAUCCGCUUCUAAUGAUUUUACUACCGCACCUCUGAAGAUGCUACAAGAGGAGGCCAAACCCGGCGUGGAUGGCAAGGGCCCUUCCAAUGACCCUGAACCCAUCACAUCAUCAAAACCUCAUCCUGUAGCAGCCAUGAAGGCCAUGGCCGGAAACACGAUUGGGGGUUACGCUGCUGCCACGAUAGCUCUCAAGACUCAAAAGUUGAUGGCGAAGCAAGAUGGUAUUCCUUCUGCCGCUGAGGUCAAGAAUGUUGCCAUCAUUCCGAACAAAGAAUCAGUCUCUAAUACUGCUUUCGCCACAUCUUUCGAGACCUCCAAAGCGGCAGUGAAGCAAAGCAAAGUCACCUCCAGCUCUGAGCCCAAGCAAGUUGGAGUCGCUCCAGGAAAAGCACCCGAGCCUACUACCGCAAUUAAUACAUCUUCCAAGACAACAGGCGCAGAAAUCAAGCGGUAUAACAUCUUCUCCGAUGCUCAGCUCCGGGAGAGCGUCGAACAAGCAAUGCGCGCGACGUUUCCCAAUGGACUUGUCGAUGCGAUGAUGGCUGACUUGAACGGCGAUGCUGCCCUGGACACCGAGACGGUCGACGAGCGAUUGGCUGCCUUGAAUGAGAGUGAUGAGCGCUUGAGUAAAUGGAAGGAGGAGCGCGCAAAAAAGGACGUCGCGAAGAAGAAGGCCGCAAAGGCAGGAUCUGUGGAGACAGAGGCCGCGAAGACAGGAACCGUGACCGAGCAGGUUGAUGAGCUUGGAUCCGAGGGCUCUCGUGUAGAAGACGCCGCAAAGGGUGUUGUACACCCAAGUGAGAAGCACACAACUCCCAAAAAGCCCUACUAG